AGAACGGCGCACCCAUGGCUGCAGCAAGUGGGGACCAACUAAAUCUCUGUCGCAGGCGUUUCCCUCCAGUAUCUCCCAGACCCGAGACCCGGUGUGGCGUAGAGAAUGGAAGGUGAUAGGGCGAUGAAUCAUGGCUCCAGCACCCCCCGUGGCUCCCACUUUCUUUAAAAGCAUUUAGGACGCACAGCUCCCAUAAUUUCUUGACAGGCCACUCUUCUCUCGUGCAUCUGCUGUCGCAUUUCCGUAGACUAAUUGCAUUCUCUUUCAUCCAUUUGACCUUCAACCAUCGUCUACAAUGUCCCCCAUGGCCAUCGCAACCACCACCUCCAAUCUGACCGCCCAAGGCAUCGCCUCCAGCGUCGAUAAGACCGCCCACUCGCUGGUCACAGAAUCGAGUUCCUCCAACGGUGUCUCCAAUGGCAAUUCUACCAAAGCCGCUGAUGCCAUCACUAAUGGCGCCCCCAAGAUCGUUUCCAACGGCACCGCCACCCCCCUCCCCGAACUCUCUGCCGCCCGCCUCAACAUCGCCCUCACCUCGAACCCUCGCACCGUCCCCGCGGCCGGCAGCCCCGAAAUCGCCUCGCAGAAAGUGUGCACCGACCACAUGAUCCAAGCCCGAUGGACGGUAUCCCACGGCUGGGACGCCCCCUCACUGCAAGCCUACGGCCCGCUGAGCAUCAUGCCCACAGCCUCUGUGCUGCACUAUGCAACCGAAUGCUUCGAGGGGAUGAAGCUGUACCGUGGCUACGACGGGAAGCUGCGUCUCUUCCGCCCGAACCUGAACUGCAACCGCAUGCUCAUGUCCACGAACCGCAUCGCGCUGCCGGCGUUCAACCCAGAGGAGCUGCUCAAGUUGAUCGUUAAGCUGUGUGCGACGGAUGGCGCGAAGUGGCUGCCCAAGGACCAGCCUGGUGCUUUCCUCUACAUCCGACCUACGAUGAUCGCGACGGACUCCGCUCUCGGCGUGCAACGACCCAAGGAAGCUCUGCUAUAUGUGAUUAUGACCAUGUUCCCGGCUAUGGAUACGUCUUCUACCCUUGGUGGGAUGAAGCUGUUGGCUAGCAAGGACGACAUGGUGCGCGCCUGGCCCGGUGGAUUUGGAUACGCCAAGGUGGGCGCGAACUACGGCCCCUCUCUCGUUGCACAGGGCGAGGCGCGCGCGCAGGGCUUCGACCAAAUCUUGUGGCUAUUCGGCGAGAAGUGCAACGUCACGGAAGCCGGGGCCUCGAACUUCUUCGUUGUGUGGAAGACCAAGGAGGGAAAGACACAGCUCAUUACCGCGCCCCUCGGCGACAAGAUCAUUCUAGACGGUGUCACGCGACGAAGCGUUCUCGAACUGGCGCGCACGAGGUUAGAGAAGGACGGGGAGCUCGAAGUUGUGGAGAGGAAGUUCGACAUGUUUGAGCUCGAGGAGGCGUACGUCGAGGGACGCUUAGUCGAGUGCUUUGUGUCGGGGACUGCGUUCUUCAUUGCGCCGAUUAGCUUGAUCAAUUUCCGCGGGAAGGAGCUGAAUGUGGAUAUGAAGGAGGGGGAUAUGGGGACGUAUACGAAGACGAUCAAGACGUGGUUGAGGAAUAUUAUGUGGGGCAAGGAGCAGCAUGAGUGGGGAUACGUGGUUGAAGAGAAGGCCUAGAUGUUGCAUUUACGGUUCGAAGCGCAUUGGAGUCUCUGGGUGUCUAUUUACGAAGGACAUGAUUUUCUUUAUUCUGCAUCGGAGCAUGGUGUAGAGAGCGGGGAGGUAAUUUGGUUCUGGGAGAAAUCCCUUCUUAAAUUUCGGG